CACGCCAGAUGGAUACAGUUGGACGAGGCGGACGCACCGUUACGCACUAGACAAACUACUGAGAAAACGAGCGAAAGGGCUAUCUACACGAACUGAUUAUUAUUAUAUGUUUAUACCGCCGCGUUAAAUGGAUACAGGUUGUUUCACCGCGGCGCAGCGUCUUUCGUGCCACGCCAUGAAUGCGGAUUUAUUUAAGCCUGCUCCGGAGCGUGGACUCCAACAGUCCUCUGCCCCGGUGAAAACCAGCAGGAAUAAACCCGAACAAAUCAAACCAGAACUGGCCCAGGUGGUGACAGACUCCAAAACGGGAAGAUCCUACAGUAAAGGGAAGCUUUUGGGAAAGGGUGGCUUUGCUCGAUGCUACGAGAUGACAGACCUCUCCAGCAACAAAAUGUAUGCCGUGAAGGUGAUUCCACAGAGCAGGGUGUCCAAACCACACCAGAGAGACAAGAUAACCAAUGAGAUCGAGCUCCACAAAACCCUUCACCACAAGCAUGUGGUGAAAUUCUCUCAUCAUUUUGAAGAUCAAGAGAACAUCUACAUAUUCCUCGAGCUCUGCAGUCGGAAGUCCCUGGCACACAUUUGGAAGGCGAGACACACGCUCACAGAGCCAGAAGUGCGAUAUUACCUCAAACAGAUCAUUUCUGGCCUCAAAUACCUCCACAGCAGAGGGAUCCUGCACAGAGAUCUCAAACUAGGCAACUUCUUUGUCAACGAGAACAUGGAGCUGCGGCUGGGAGACUUUGGCCUCGCUGCCAAGCUGGAGACGGUCGAGCAGAGGAAAAAAACAAUCUGUGGGACUCCUAACUACUUGGCCCCUGAGGUGCUUAACAGACAGGGCCAUGGCACGGAGUCGGACGUUUGGUCCCUCGGAUGUGUCAUGUACACACUGAUGUGCGGCAACCCUCCUUUUGAGACUCUUGACCUGAAGGAGACCUACAAGUGUAUAAAGGACGUUAGGUACAACUUGCCAUCCUCCCUUUCCCCCGCUGCACAGAAACUCAUCUCAGGCAUCCUGCAGAAAAACCCCAGCGACAGACUCGCGCUGGAUCAAAUCCUCAACCACGAAUUCUUCACCAAAGGUUUCACCCCUGAUAAGCUUCCCCCCAGCAGCUGUGUGAUGGUGCCAGAGCUCCACCCCCCCAGCCCUGCCAAGAAAUUCUUCACUAAAAUGGCAAAAAGCUUCUUUGGCAAGAAGAAAGCAAAAGUGGAGAAAAUUCCAUGCGAGGAAAAAGAUGACAAAGACAUUUCCAAGCUGGUGUCUGGCAUCGUUAAAUGUUCCAUCAGCAGGCAGAUCAGCUACAAGACCGUGGGACCCAAUGAGGUGCCCUGUCCUAUCAGUCAGGUAGUCGGCUCUGUGCCUCUGGAACCGACUCCAGCUGAGGAGGAGUCCAGGAAGUCGAUCUCUCGCUCCUUCAAGGGCACCACGGCCAGCAGCACUGAACCAUGUGAUGAAGCCCUGACGCCUGCAGCUGUGUCUGAAUCAGCUGUGAAAGUUCUCAACAACUGCCUGGCCACCAUGCCUGCAGCCACUAGAAACCCACCGUGUUUGUCCAGGCCCCAGUCCUUCCUGUGGGUGACUAAAUGGGUCGACUACUCAAACAAAUAUGGUUUUGGCUACCAGCUCUCGAACCAAAGCAUCGGUGUGCUCUUCAACGAAGGAACACGUCUCAGUCUUUGUGACCAACGCAAGACAGUCCACUACUGCUUGCCUGACAACAAACAUUUCACUUUCCCUGCCGACUCUCUACCUGAGCAGCUUCGCAGCCAGAAACAAAUUGUAGAGCUCAUGGCCAACUACAUGGAGCAGAACCUUAUGGAGGGUGGAGAUCUGCAUUGUGAGGAUCAAGUAUCUGGUUGUCCUCCUCUUCUGCUCCAGUGGGUGAAGACUGACCAUGCUCUUGUCAUGCUCUUCAACAAUGGCACUCUACAGGUUAACUUCUACGCAGACCACACCAAGAUCAUCCUGUGCAAGUCAUCAGAUGACUCCUACCUGCUUACCUACAUCAGCCGGGAGCGCGUCUCGUACACUUACCUCCUCAGCAUGCUGAAUGAGAUGGGCUGCACCUCAGAACUGAGACACCGACUGCGAUACGUGGUCCAGCUGCUCCAACACCAUGCUGACGCCUGAGAGCACAGCUCCAUGCCUCCCAGGCUGCCUGAUUGGCAGAUGCGAUGGAGGUGACCCGACUGGUUUACAUCUCUUCUAAGGCAACCUGACUGGUUGAUAGAAUUUCUCAAGGCAGCGCUGGGACGAGUUGACAGAUGGAAGGCUGCUCAGAAGAGUAAAUAUUCUUGUCUAAACUGGUGCUUAGGCAGCUGAUUAUCAAAUAGAUUGACGUUGAUAAAUAUCGAGCGGUUGCCCAAAUGCAGCAUCUGUCUCAAGGGUUUGUGCCUGUCCAGCUUAUGCCUCAAAGGUAUCCACCUGGAAGGUAUUGAUGCCUAAAAUAAGACUCCUACCUGUCCUGAAAUGAUGGAUCCCUCACAGGCAGAUGCCUAAAUGGAACUCCUAAACUCCCAAUUACCUUUCCUCACUCACCCACUGCUUCUUGGCUGGAUCUUUCAAAGCCACCAACCAACCCUGCAGCUUUCAGCUUCCCCCUGAUGGCCAAUAAUCCAGGCAUGGUUUCUCAAAGGUAUCCUAACACUAAAAUUGUCUCAUUUGCUUGCAACAAAACAAGGAUAAUCUUGCCGCUGGAAUUCUUUUCGGCUCGGUUUUCUGAAGUAUUUUAGCAGCAAGGUAAUUUACGCUGACUUGCAGUGGAACCAUGAUCUUGCAACAGAUGCUUUUGGGAAGAAGUGUGGUAUGAUUGGAGAGGGUGAGACCAUCCUAACCUCGGUUGGUUUCUGGCCUGUUUGGCCUAUGGUGCGCACAUCUAUUUAUUUUUUUUUUUUUAAAAACAAAAGAAAAAGUUGAGCCAACUAUUGGCUCACACUACGAUUUUGACCUCACAUGCACAAAUAACAUUCCUGGCCUUAUUUGAUGAUGGUGAUACUAAGGUUUGGAGAAGGAUAAUUUGCUUCUUCUGAUCCAACAUCACUUUGGUCGUUUAUGUUAAAUUAAUUUCACUGAUGUGGUACACAGCAUAUUAAGGGGCUAUGGGAGCAACACAAUUUUGCACUCUGCUUUUUUUUUUUUUUUUUUUUUUUUUUGUAGUAGGAUUCAUCUGGAAAGCAAAAACCUUUUUUACCACAACUUGUCAUAUUUUAUUUGUUUUUAACCAGAUACCAAAAGGCAUUUUCUUUAGUUUUAAAACAAAAAAAAGUUUUAAAUUCACAAUGCAGUAGGUGAAUGAGUGUGCCACACAUGCUGGUAAACUGUUUGUUUGGUUGGAGAAUUAGGGUGGGGAGGGGGGAUAAAAGUGCCUUUCUGAGGGAUGUCUGUGCAAUAACAACCAUUGAAUGUCAAGCUGGAUACAAACAAGAUUCGAGAGAUGGGUUUUACAGGUGGGAUUUACAUUUGUACUAUGAGCAAAGUUUAAAAGUAAGUCAAAUAGCACUACACUCUUAAUACCUGGUAUAAGCUUUUAGAACAACUGGUAUCAUAAGUAUAUAUCACAGUAAUAUCUACUAUGGGGGGGGAAAAAACGUACUCUGUUCUGUAAUCCUUAUUGGUUUACAUUGCUUUCUCGACCCAGAGUUGUAUCCUAAACUGUGACCUGGAAUGCAAGUAUUAUGUAAGUCUUUUCAAAAUACCCAACAUUGUGAAAGCCAUCUGCCAAUUCAGAAGAGUCUUUAUUUUUUUGGGACCUAAUGUCCUGUUUAUUUAUUUUUUAUUUAUACAUGUUUUUUAUUUAUUGUGUAAAUGUAAUGGUCUUGACACAAGAUGUUUAAUUCCAAUCACCUUUUUGUAUGUAACAUAUUUGGGGUGGGAAAAUGGGACAAUAAAGUUUAUUAAAAAUGA